AUGGAAGCGAAGCAUUUGCUGCAGGCGGACAUCUCGAACAUAUGUCUUGACAACAUACAAGCUUGCAUGUUGAUUACAACGCUAAGUGUUGGCCACGGCGACAGUCCAUCGGCAGCACUAUUCUUCCGUAUCGCCACUGCCAUGGCUGAGGUCAUGGGCCUUAAUACUCCUGUUGCAGAAGGCUCUGUCAUGGACCGCGAGGUCAGACGACGGGUUUGGUGGUCACUUUACCUAAGUGGCAUGUGGUGCAUGAUCGGACAAGGCCUACACAGCCAACUUAGCGACGUCCGGGUGAGAAUAGAGUUGCCAGUCAACGAUAGGACCUUCAUGUCACUACACUCUGAGCAAACCACCAUUAUUUUCCCGCUCGAACAUGGGAUAUGGGCACAGAUGAUGACACUUGUCCCGCUGUUUGAGCCAAUCCACAACAUCAAUCUUCAUGUCGCUAAAGGCGAGUCCCAUACCACCGGACUAGACCAACGGGUCGAUCAGCUUGCCCAGAAGCUGGAAGAUUGGAAAAAUAGCUUGCCUCUCGAUGCUCAGAUGAAUCAAGAGAAUCUUCAUCCUCAACAGAAAAGAGGUCUCGGUGGGCUUUUAAUCUCGAUACACCUGGCAUAUCAUCAUUAUUCGACGCUCCUCUAUUUUCGAUAUCUUGAAGUUCGGCGGCCAGCAUCUUCGACCGAUCGUACAUACAUCGCACGCUGCAAGACACACGCUUCAUCCUUCAGCUCCCUGUUGAGCGUUUCGCGGCAAUUGAAAGGCUGUGACGUGGUACAUCCUACUGUUGGCCACAUGGCAACAGUCUCCUCAUCCGUUCUAGUCCACACUCUUCUCUUUGGUGAGCUGGACGAACUUGAGACAGUGCGUCAGGAACUCAACGCGAAUUUUGAGGCACUUACAGAACUCGCGCAAUACUGGCCCGCGACAUCUGCAAUGAUCGAAAGCCUGGUUGCCUUUCAAGACAUGUGUCUCCUGUCUACUGAGUCAGGGACACACAAAAUCGAUGGAUGGAUGUUGAGUUUCUUGACAGAGCAUUCUUUGGAUGUUGCGGCAAAGAAGACGCGGCUGGUUCCCUUCAACUCCAGUGCAGAUCUGGAAAAGAUGUCGUUGAAAGCUAAGGAAUAUGAGAAACAGGGGCGAUAUCCGAAUUUUCGAAGUCUGUAG